AUGCUCUUCAUUGGAGUCAGCCUGUGCUCGGAUACAGUUUUGAACACGACGGGAUUUAAUAAUCGCUACCAAGCCAAAGAAGUAUUUUACCAACGAGCAAAGGAUAUUUAUGAUUCAGGAUUGGAGACCGACACGGUUACAAAAUUGCAAUCGUUAUUUCUCCUGAGCUUUUGGCGUGGCAGCCCUACCGAGGAGCGCGAUGUUCGAUUUUGGCUUGGAGCUGCUAUCGGCCUUGCUCAGAAAAAGGGGAUGCAUGUCAUGUCUAAAUUAUCCUUCCUUAAUGCCAAGGAUCAGAAGAUUUGGAAACGAAUCUGGUGGGCUUUAUAUGUUCGCGAUCAACAAACAUCGGCAGCUUUGGGGUUGCCACCACGAAUACGUGAUGAAGAUUGCCAAAUUGCUGAUCUCGAAGCCGCAGAUUUUGAUGAUCGACAGCCUAUGGGGACUCCUGGGAUAUUCCGCACACCACCGGAAGUCCACAUUCCCUACGUGAUUGGAAUGACUCAACUAGCUAGGCUACUGCGGGAAAUAGUCUGCAGCCAAUAUCUACCUGGUCGGUCAAAGUUGGAUAAUGAAGCUCGACCAAUCCUCCGUCAACGUUUGGUCGAUUGGGAGUCGCGGCUCCCGAAAGAAAUGCAGUUUCAAAUGCCCAUGAGUAGAGAUUCGAUGUUCCUCGUUGGCAUGCUUCAUAUGGCAUAUAACAACUUGUAUAUCCUCCUCUACCGACCCCUGUUCUUGCAGCUUCCAGGCCAAUCAGUCAACCCAGAGGAAAACGUCGCACUAGAAGCAGCAACCCGAAGCACACGUAUUUUAGAGGACAUGCUCUCAGAAAACCUGGUCCAACAUGGAUCAGUUCACCUAAUCACCCAUACCUUCUCGGCUUUAUGUAUACACACCAUUUAUUUUGGAAGGGCCAAAGGCACAGUCCGCAAGCUAGCGGAACACAGAGCAAAACUAUGCUUAUUAGGCUUGAAGGAAUUACAGAAAUCUUGGGACCUGGAGAACUGGGUACUGGAUCUUUUCUUCCGGUGCUUGGACGAUCGUACUGCUCGCGAUCUUCGAUUAGCCGAUUCCUGCAUGCCAUCGUUGAUGGCGCAGACAGGUGGCGGUCGUAAUACCGAGGAGAUAUCGCCUGUGCCUCCUGCUAGUGGUCCAUAUAGACCCCUUUCUCCGAACGCAGCGGAUCAUCCCUUACACACCCCUAACACGAUGCCUCAUCAUAACCCUGGUGAAGAGGCAGCAAUUAAUAUGGAUUGGUACGAGCUGUUUAACGUCGAAGGGGAUGAUGUUAUGGGCCUUGCUGGCUCAUUAUCAAACCCGGACUAUUUGAACCCACAGAACCUCGAGUUUCUCUAUCGGUUCCUGUAG